AUGGCAUCUUCUACCUUAGAACUGAAGACCGUUUGUCCGGAGAAGUCAGUUCCACACAAUGGAGCAGCUAAGGGUCGACCUCGGCGGCCAAAUUAUAAACACAUUCACCGGUUUCCCCUACCUAUAACUGUUCACCCAUUGCCCCCUUUAAUACCGCACAACCCCCUUUCACUCCUCAGUAUUGCUCUCUCAUAUCUCACCUUCUAUAUAUCUCCGCCUCAGCCAAUAACAUGCUCAGCUUAUUUUGACGCUUGUACCUCUUCUAUCCAAGUUACAGAUUCCAAGACCAUCCGUAUCUUAUGGGAGAUGGGUUUUUUUGGUAAAGGUAGCCUAAGUAGAAGCGAGCCGUCGUGGCUCGAACGCGAGAAAAAGAGAAGAGGGCUUAUUGGCCAAAGCACAAGCGAGGAAGCGACAAGGAUGAGGCGAGUAGAGAGACGACAAUUCAAGCUGGAGAGAGCGAGAAAGGAGAAAGAGGCCAUUGCUGAACAACUCAGAGCCGAGGGAAAGUUACCAGACGGGCCAGCAUCAGAUAAAAGUACAUCAGCCUUAGACGACGAAGCAGCUCAGGAAACGAAAACUGCUGAAGGCGGUACAUCUGCACCAAAUGAUGAACUUGCUGGAAAGACGACUACCAGUCGCAUCAAGUCUGUUCGUUUCUCACCUACGGUGGAAGUGGCAGAUAUAAAUGACGAUAUUGAGGUAGAUGAAGAGCACCUUCAGCUUUCCAGUGAAGAUGCUUUCUUCCUUUCAUAUGGCCUUGGUGUUCUUGAUGUAUAUGAUGAUACCAGAAGCACAGUACUUAAACCUCAAGCACUCCUUGCCUUACUCCGUCAGCAUUCAUACUUCCCGCCUCGUGCUCCCUCUGCGGCGCCCGAACCGGACGACCGAUUCAUGAUUUCAUACAUUGCAUAUCACCAUUUCCGUUCCCUCGGCUGGGUUGUUCGGUCCGGAGUCAAGUUCGGUGUCGACUUGCUUCUCUAUAACAAAGGCCCAGUCUUUUCACAUGCUGAAUUCGCUGUCAAUCUUCUCCCGUCCUACAGCCAUCCGUACUGGAAAGAGACUGAAGAGAGACGAGAGUAUGUGGCUGCAAAGCUGAACCAUACGUGGUGGUGGCUUCACUGCGUAAACCGGGUGCAAGCCCAGGUUAAAAAGAGCUUCGUUAUGUGCUUUGUGGAGAUCCCACCACCUACAACAGGUAGCAAGCCUGAUGAACAGGAUAUUGGAGAACUCCUGAAGACAUAUCAGGUCCGGGAACUGGCCGUCAAGCGAUGGGUGCCGAACCGGAGCCGUGAUUGA